AUGUUAUCAUUUUCUACUAAAAUUGAAUUUUAGGAAGACUUUGAUUUUAAAAAUUCUGUAUUACUUGGAUAAGGAACAUUUGGUAAAGUCUUUAAAGCUAAGGCGUUAAAGUCUUUACCACAAGGAUUUUAUGCUUUGAAAAUAAUUGAAACAUAAAAGUAUAAAAAAUUUAAUAGUUUAGUUAAUAGGCUUUUGAGUUGGCAAUUUAAGAGUUAAAAUUGUAUUCAGCAAUAAUGCAUCAUCAAAAUGUUAUUAAAGUUUACAAAGUUUAUUAUUGGAAGGAUGAAAUGCCUUUUAGAAAAUUUGUAUUAGUUUUUGCAAUGGAAUUAGCAAUAAAUAGUCUUAGAUAAGACAUAGAAGAUAGAAGAAAAAAUUCAAAAGAAUAUGGAGGUUAAAUAUACUAAUGAAAUAAUAGAUUUAUUAAUAAUAGAUAUAAUGAAUCAAUGUUUAAGAACUUUUCAUUAUUUAGCAAAAAAUAAACAUUUAUUUCAUAGGGAUAUUAAGCCAGAGAAUAUAUUGGUUACAAAUUAAUCACCAUUUACAAUUAAAUUAGCAGAUUUUGGAGCUGGUAAAGAAAACUUUCAUGGAUAGGCAAAUUUGAAUACUUUAGUAGGGACACCCUUAUUUUUAUCUCCUAAGUUAUAUUUUGCAUAUUCAAUGAAUCAAACAGGAAAAGUGAAGUAUAAUAUAUUUUAUAAAAGACAUGAUUUAGAAAAGAGCGAUAUUUUUUCUUUAGGUAUUACUUUUUUACAAAUGAUCCUAUUACUUAAUGAUGGAGAUUUGUCAAAAUUGAACGAUCCUAUUAUUUAUGAUGAUAAAACUGGAGAUUCUAUUGAUACAAGUGAAGAAUUUGAAUUAAGAAAAGAUUGUCAAGGAUGGAAAAAAUUAUAAAAUCACAUAACUAAUAUAAAAAAUCCUUAAAUAAAAGCUUGUAUAUAUGGAAUGACAGAGUUUAGUGAAAAGAAUAGAUUCAGUUGGUUUCAAGCCUUAACAACAUUAAAUCCAGAUUUCAAGGAUGAGUAUAUUAAAAAAUUAAAUUUAGUGAGAAACUACAGAUCCAGAAACAAAUUUAAUUUGAUGAAUAAAAAAAACAAUAGUUUAUUUAAACAUAUUCUAAUGAAAAUACUGCUCUAAAGUUUUUAGGAACAUUGAAUGAUGAUAGUUAUCAUAAUAGAAUUCUCUCUGCUGGUGAUCAAAUUCUUUCUUAUUCAAAUGAAGGUGUUAGACUUAUUUCAAUAGAUGGCACAGUAGAAUGGAUUUUUAAUCAACGUAUUCUAUUACUAAAAAGAUAGAUGUUAAUUUUUUAUCCUAUCUUCCUUCACUUAAUAUUUGUGUUGGAAUAACAGGGUCAGGAGAAAUAUUAGGAAUCAACUUAAAAAAUAAAUCCUCUGUCUGCGAACAAAUAACUCAUUUUUAAUAUGAUACAAUAACUGUAUUAUAUUUUCGUAGAUUUUAGGUCAUGAAAUUUAUGAGAAAAGAUCUCUGCAUAAUCGGAACUAAAUAUGGAGAAAUUAUGAUUUUAGCAUUUGAUACUUAACCUCCUGGUGUAAUAAAAAAAUACAAAGAAAUUGAUAGAUAAGUAUUAGAUUUAAUAUAUGAUGAUGAAAUCAAAAAUAUUAUAUCAACACAUUAAAACUGUGCAAUACUUUGUAAAUAUUUAGCUUCUGAAUAAUCGUAAUUUUAUUUCUCUUAAAAUAUAUAGAGCUAAAUAUAUUUAUGAAACUUAACUUACAAAUUUAACCUUAAUUUCAUCAGAAUAUUUUACAGGAAUAGGAAAAGAUGUUGUAGAAAUUCCAAUAUUUUAAAUUAAAGAUGGUAAUUCUUUUUUUGUACGUUAGGAGUUUUAAAUUUAAUAUAAAUAUAUCAAAUUCAUAAUAAAACUAUUCCAUUAGCUCUAUCAAUUUCAGACAACUACCUUGUUUGGGUGAGUUAAAAAUUUAUAGGAUCAAUAUUAGUUAAUGGUGAUUUAAGCAAAUUAAAUGAUGAAAAGGAUAAAGAAUUAAUUGUUAAUGCUUCAAAACCAGCUCAUUUAUUAACUACAAUAUAGAAUGGCAAAGUAAUUGUUGCAAGCGAUGGAAUUAAAUUGCAUUUAUACUAAAUAGGUACUUAUUUUUCAUUAUAUUUAGUUUCUCAAAAUUGCGAAAUAUUUUGA